GUUGAGAUCUCCCCUUGAAGUCGGAUCAAUCUGCACCGAACAGGUUAACCUCUCUUCAGUUCUGUCGUCAUUUCUUCAUCUACCCUUCAGUGGGUUCGACCAAGUGGUUAGUCAACGGUAUAAUAUCACCCUGGGAAGAUGUCUGGACUCGUUGGAAAGGCAGUAACACUUGCCAAGACUGCAGUAACAGUCGCCAAACCCCAGGCGGAGAUCUUCCUGCGUUACGCCAAGGUCGAACUAGUUCCGCCAAAGCCAGGUGACAUCCCAGCAAUUCGUGCCGGUCUUGGUAAAUUGAUUCACAGUGCAAAAACUGGUGCCUACAAAAAUCUCACUGUCAAGGAGGCAUGGAUCAACACCCUCGUGGGAAUAGAAAUCUGGUGCUGGUUCUUCGUUGGUGAAUGCAUUGGCAAGAGGCACCUCGUUGGUUACGAUGUUUAAGUUUUUUAAUUAAUUAUUCAUUCAUGUAAGUCUCAUAGACAACAAAUUAUUAAUGAAAUCAGAUAGAUGUGAACGAUACUGAUGCAUUCAUUGGAGUAAUAAAUCACUGAGUUCAGUACAGUAAACAUUAAA